AUGUCGACGUUUGACAGAAAAGCUGAAUUAGAGAUGAAGAAAGCGAAACUAGCUAUUCUUAGGGAAAACAAAAUUAAAAGAGACAAGGUGAAGAUUGAUGGAACAAAUGGGGGAACUCAAGAUAACCUCAACAACUAUGGUUCGGCCCAAGGUCUUAGGAUUGAAACUGAAGAGUUAUUGAGAACUCUUGGGAUUCCUGUUUCAGAUGAGCCGUUGUCUCAGGUUUCAGACGAUCGUGUUCUCUCUAAAGGGACUUCGGAUCCACCACAUACGAAAACGGAUAGCCAGAAAAAACGCAAAAGGUUGGGGUUUUCUCAAAUAAACGAAAUCAAUGUUCCCCCGAAAGAGAAUAUAUCUUAUUCUAAAAUCACCCAAACAUUUGAGUCUUACGUCCCACAACAUGUUCCUAGUGGCGUUCGUACUGGUUCUCCAAAGUUCAUGACUCAUUUAGAAUGGGAUGACGAAUUUUCUACUGCUCUAACUUUUGAUGAAUCGGUAAAUGAUACUCUUGAUAUGACUGCUGUAAUCAAUGAAAUACACAAAAUUCCACUGGUUAGUUCAGUUGCUGCUACAAAGACUCCUGUAGAUACAGAAAGAGAGAAUGAACAUUUGAAGCCAUUAAAAGUAAUACAACUCACAGACGAGGAAAGAGAUGCAAUUAUGAGAUCAGAUAGAUUUCAUCGUUUCUUUGACAGGGCAUCACGACUGAUAGAACGAGCAUUAGAUGAACCUGCAGAUAUAUUUAUUGAUUAUAGUGGUGGAGAUCAUGAUGAUACCGGAAAUACCCAACGUCAUCAACUUUUACUUCUUGGUGCUUAUCAUGCAAAUGAUGAAGCUCCACAUGAUCCUGAUGGAGUAUGUUUAGUGUGGAACUUGAAAUUUCAGAAAACAACUCCAGAGUAUAUUUUUCAUUGUCAGUCUGCUGUUACUUCAGCAACCUUUGCAACUUAUCAUCCAAAUUUGAUUAUUGGUGGGACAUAUUCUGGACAAAUUGUAUUGUGGGAUAAUAGAUCAACCAAGCGAACACCGGUACAACGGACACCAUUAUCAGCAAGUGCACAUACACAUCCAGUUCAUGCAGUUAUGAUUGCAGGAUCAUUGAAUGCACACAAUUUGUUAAGUAUAAGUUCUGACGGAAAAUUAUGUACAUGGAGUUUAGAUAUGCUGGGUCAACCUCAACAAGCCAUGGAAUUAACACAUAGGCAAGCUCGUACUGUAGCUGCAACAUGCAUGUCAUUCGUAGAUGAGAAUGUUAACAAUUUUUUGGUUGGGUCAGAAGAUGGACGAGCUUAUGCUGGUUCGCGUCAUGGAAAUCAAGCAGGUAUCAGCGAUGCUUUUGAAGGUCAUCAGGCUCCUAUCACAUCAAUUUCAUCUCAUCCACUCAGAGAUUCUGUGACAAUUUCACCACUGUUUCUUACUACUUCUCUUGAUUGGUCCAUAAAACUGUGGUCUGUCAAGGAAACCCGUCUUAUAUGUUCAUUUGAAGAAGCUUCAGAUUAUGUUUUUGAUGCUCAUUGGUCGCCUAUGCAUCCAGCUGUAUUUGCAACUGUCGAUUGUACAGGAGGCCUUGAUUUAUGGAAUUUAAACCAAAACAGCGAAGUCCCAUCAGUUCGUACAGUGAUUCCCGGUCAACCAUCGUUAAACAAAUGUCGUUUCCACUCAUCUGGUUCACAUAUAGCCAUUGGUGAUGAUAAUGGACGUAUUCACAUGUUCGACUUGAAUGAAGUAAGUGGAAUUAUUAAGACAUCGUUAGUUAGGUAUUUCUUUUAUAUUAUUCUUGGUCAGCUAUCACUCCAGUUUACGAAACAGCGGGACUUAGUUUAAGUAGUCUAUUGUCUUAAAUCAUCAGGGUCAUAAAUAGUUGAGAAAUGAAAGUUCCUAGGUUUCGUGAUGAAUGUGCUCAACACGUUCCAUAGUAUGGAUACACCUACGGACGCCAAAACAUUUCUAGUUAGGUUCCUGAAAUGUUUUGUAAGCGGGAAUUUACACGCAGUAAUUAUAUCAAGAAUGUCAUAUAGCGACAAAACUACAAUUACUAUUGUGUGUGUAUCAAUGGUCAGCCGGUACCUGAACUGUCGGAGUUCGGAGAUGGUGACUUUUUGGUCAGUAAAAGUUGUCAUCAUAUAGAUGAAUUUUGUGCGUGUGACGUACGCAGUUACAUGGUAAUAUCAUGUUACUUGGAAUGUUGGAACUGUCACUCGACAACUGUAGGGAUUCUAGCUUGUGACGUCGAGUGUCAUAGCUCCGAAUAGUUCGCAUUGGUCCAGGUAGCUUCACUCUUUAUCUUCCCCUCGAUUUGGAAUCAGCAUCUCUUCGUACACACUUUACCAAACCAUAUUCCCUAGCUUUAGCCUUUCUUUCUAUCAUUGAUACUACAUUGCCUAUUUUGUUAUUUUCAUCUCGUCAUCGUAGUUGAGCAUGGCAACUUACACCAACACGUAGAUGUGCCAGGCUUCUGUGUUGAUGUCUGUCUGCUCUAUAUUUGUCUGAGGUACUCCGUCUAGCGCUACAUCAUACUAAUAAAAACAAUAGGAUCGGGAAGUAUCUCGUAAUAAACCCCAAUAAUAUUCCCAAGUGAAUACAGUCCCGGUUACAUAUGGUUGAUAACUUCACAAGGAAAUAUCUGCUUGUUUUUAUUCUUUAGACAAUGGCAAUCCCUCAUGCAGACGAGUGGACGAUGUUUUCACAUACAAUUAGCGAACUUCGACAGCUUGCAGUCGAACAGAAAGAGAACGAUACCGAUGCUUUGUUUGGACAACCCACUGUGCCGCCUAUACCUGUUAUUCACUGAACGGGAGCAAGUUACUCUACUAAACGACAAUUCCUAACCUUCUGCAUAAUUCCCUGUAUCGCAUAAUAAAU